CUCUCAUGCUCCUGCGUCUGCCCCCCUGCCUCCACUCCUCCUCGUCCUGCUCCGCUCCUCGCCUCCUCGUCGCCAUUCCUCACGAUCCCAGCCCGCGCUCCUAGGCAACCAAGCCCGCGACCCCCGAUCCGAUCCGCCCUCCCUGCUACGCAGAUCGCUGGAUGUGCUAGUCUAGUGCGAGUCGGGAUCCUGCCUGCUCGCCGCCGUGUCUGGGUUCGUUGCUCGCGCGCUUCUUCUCGCUCCGCCCGCCAUGGACGGCGUCCGGAGCUUAGCACAGUCCCUGGGGGCUGACGACGGCGGCCGGAGCAACCUUUUCCGCACCCUUGGCCCGGCGCUCUUCAUCUCGAUUGGAUACAUCGACCUCGGCAAGUGGGUCACCACCGUGGACGCCGGCUCUCGCUUCGGCUAUGAUCUCGUGCUGCUCGUGCUGCUCUUCAACUUCUCCGCCGUCCUCUGCCAGUACCUCUCCAUAUGCAUCGGCAUGGUCACUACCCAGAAUCUUGCCCAGAUAUGCGUUCAGGAGUACAGUCAGCCAAUAUGCGUCGGCCUUGGUGUUCAGGCAUUACUGUCCUUGUUAACUGCAGAGAUUACCAUGAUUUCAGGCAUUGCAAUGGGGUUCAACCUUGUAUUCGAAUAUGAUGACCUUGUCACAGGCAUAUGGUUCGCAAGUUUUGCAGUCAAUCUACUACCAUAUGCGAUUUCCCAUCUGGACAAGAAGAUGGCUGGAAUAUUCAAUGCCUGCAUAGCAGGUCUCGCACUUGUUUGUUUCGUGCUUGGUUUAUUGGUCAGUCAACCAAGAGUUCCUCUCGAUAUGGAUGUGAUGUUCCCCAAGUUGAGCGGUGAAAGCGCCUACUCGCUCAUGGCACUUCUGGGUGGAAAUGUAAUAGCACACAACUUCUAUGUUCAUUCAUCAUUUGUACAGGCUCAAAGAAGAUCCCCUGUUACACUCGGGGCCUUAUUUCAUGACCACCUUGUUUCGAUCUUAUUUAUUUUUUCUGGGGUUUUUCUCGUGAACUAUGUUCUUAUAAGCUCAGCAGCAGUUGGAUCCGGUGAUACACUGCUCCUGACCUUUCAAGAUGUUGUAGAGCUAAUGAACCAGAUAUUCAUGAAUCCUGCAGCGCCGCUUGUUUUCUUAAUGGUUCUUCUCCUUUCGAGCCACAUCAUCUCACUGUCAUCUAUUAUUGGUAGCCAUGCAAUUGUAGAGAAUUUCUUUGGUAUAAACCUUUCUCUUUCGGCGCAUCAUCUGCUACUCAAGCUUUUUGCCAUGAUUCCUACAAUCUACUAUGCAAAGGUUGCGGGUUCAGAAGCGAUAUAUCAGUUGAUUAUCAUCUGUCCAGUUAUCCAGGCUAUGCUCCUUCCUGCGUCUGUUAUACCUGUUUUCCGUGUUGCUUCGUCAAGAUCAAUAAUGGGCAACCACAGAAUAUCUUCAUCUGUUGAAAUAUUGGCCUUUCUCGCGUUUCUUCUCAUGCUAUUUACGAAUAUCAUUUUCAAGGCAGAAAUCCUGUUUGGUGAUAGCACCUGGACAAACAGCAUGAAAGGGAACACCGGGAGCCCUGUUGUACUUCCAUAUACUCUUAUAGUCCUAAUUUCAUGUUCAUGUCUUCUGUUUACACUGUUCCUGGCUGUUACUCCACUGAAGUCUGCAAGUAAUGAAGCUGAAACUCCGGAGUUCUCUAUGCACUCUCAGAGAGAACCAUUGUGCAGUACUCACCAUACAGAAGAUGUUUCUCUGGAAGAUGUUACCCAUGAAGAAGUUCAAAGGUCUUCUACUGAUGCUAUUCUCAGGGAUCCAAUGGAAAGUCAUCAGAAAUCAGCUUUGGAACAUACUGAAAGUUCUGACACCACUGUAGAGUCUGAUCCUGACAGUCAACAAUCAACUGCUUAUACAGCGAGUACUCCUAAAGCUCAACCCUCACCACCUGUCUACCAUGAAGAGCCAGAACCAGUUUGUGCGGCUGACUGGACAGAGUCGGUACCAAAGGUUUCGACAGCCAUUGAAGUAGAACAUAUUCAUUCAGAGAACAUCAAAGGGAAGAGCGCAACUGAAAAAGAUGUUGAAGUAGUAGCAGAAGUUUGCACGGACAAGGAUAGUGUUGCCUCGCAUAAUUUGGAACAUGAGAAGUCUGCUGGAGGCAGAGCACCUUCCUAUCCGGAUGGUCCACCAUCUCUUACUUUCAGCAGGGGAAAAGGCUCCGAUGUUGGCAGUGGCAGCCUCUCGACACAGUCUGGUUUGGGCCGUGCUGCAAGGAAGCAGUUAGCAGCACUUCUUGACGAGUUCUGGGGGCAUCUUUUUGAUUAUCAUGGUAAGCUUACACAAGAUGCUAAUGAAAAAAGGUAUAACUUUUUGCUUGGAUUGGACUUGGGAGCAGCUAAUUCUGCUGUGAGGGCUGAUAACAAAACCAUUGAAGCUUCAAAGAGCCCCUUGAUGAGAGACGCGCUGCGAGCAUCAGCUACCUCACUGAACUCGUGGGACUCGAUGUCCCGUGAUAAGGAUAUCCGUAGUCUAGACUGGAGUUCUGGGCAUCAGAUGGGUCCAAUGGGUUCAUCCAACUGGUCCCAGAGCAUGAAUUCACCAUAUACAGACAUUUCGAGUUCAAGCAGCAGCUUACUUGAGCAAAAUGCAAAAUACUAUUCAAAUUUCAACAUGCCAUCUUACUCUGAUAAUCAGUUCUAUCAGCCUGCUACUAUUCAUGGAUAUCAGCUGGCAUCUAUUUUGAAAGGGAUGAAUGCAAGUAGAAAUCAGCACUCUAACAUCCCCCUGGACCCAAGACGGGUUCCUAGGUCGUCUGAAUAUUCUUUUUCUAACUAUGCUGAUCCUGUUAUGCAUGCCCGCAACCAAAAUUUACGGGGUUCACUGGGACCUAACUCUCCACAAAGCCCAGCAAUGAAUCGCUUCAAUGCAACGGUCGAGAGACCUUAUUAUGAUUCUACCUCUGUUGAUGAAAGUGAAAGUGUUGGCUCACCUGGAUACUCAAAGAAGUAUCACAGUUCACCUGACAUAUCUGCACUAAUUGCUGCAAACAGAAGGGCUUUGUUGAACGAACCAAAUUUAGGUGGCGCUGCCGGAAAUCAAUCAUACCUAAGUAAGCUGGCAUCUGAGAGAUCGCAAUAUGUGGACUCGGCAGCCAGGUCCAAAGCUCAAAUUGCAUUUAAUGAGCGGUCACAGCAUAAUCUCCAAAGAGAUGUCCUUUCUAUGCAGUUGGGUAUGAACCCCAACAAUAAAUCCCUUUGGGCCCAACAACCGUUUGAACAGCUGUUUGGUAUGUCAAGUGCAGAACUGAAUAAGAGUGAGGUGAACACUGGCCAGAGAUCAAGUGGCAUGACAAAGGAUGAUUACUCUUACACUGGGUGUGAGGCAGAGCUUCUUCAAUCACUUAGGCUUUGCAUAAUGAAUAUCUUGAAACUGGAAGGAUCAGGAGGGCUCUUUAGGCAUAAUGGUGGUUGUGAUGAAAAUUUAAUUCAUCAAGUUGCAGCAGCUGAGAGACUUUCACAAGAAACAACUGAGCGCAUGCGCGGUCUACCCAACUGUGGUGAAACCUGUGUUUGGCAGGCUACCCUGAUUGUUAGUUUUGGUGUCUGGUGUAUCUGCCGGGUACUGGACCUUUCCCUUGUGGAAAGUAGACCAGAACUUUGGGGGAAGUACACAUAUGUUCUGAACCGUCUUCAGGGAAUCAUUGAACCCGCCUUUUCCAUGCCCCGGAAACCUCUCACUGGGUGUGCAUGCCUUCAGAUAGCAGGCCCGGUUGCCAGGCCCAUUUCUGGUACCUUCACUACUUCAGCUGAGAUCCUGGAGACGAUCAGAGACGUGGAAAUAGCCAUCUCAGGACGCAAGGGUCGAAGCGGAACAGCAGCAGGAGACGUAGCUUUUCCUAAAGGGAAGGAAAACCUGGCUUCAGUUCUCAAGCGGUACAAGCGUAGGCUGUCGAGCAAGCCCUCUGUUGGGCAAUAGUGGCAUCUUUUUGCUUGUUUUGUAGGGUUUCUGGCGCUGUCCUAGUGGCAGGUCGCCCUUUCCUGCUUCUCAAGCCCUAGUGGUUUUUUCGUUGCGACGUUUCUAAGGGGGUGCCUGGGAGCUCCUUGACCUUUUUGGGCCCUUUGGUUUUUGCAUGUGAUGCUUGACAGGGCCCAAGGAUUAUGCAGGGUAAACCAUGUUUGCUGCCAAGCGCGGCGUGUAAGAGAAAGUGCCAUGUGCUGAAUCAGUGGUGUAAAGUCCACUGCAGCUCAACCUGACUGUUUUUUGGGCCUUCUGUGCCUGUGCCCCAUGCGACUUUGUAGAGAUUAAAAGUAAUGUUAAUGGGAUGUUCUUUUGACA